AAUCACUCUGUUUUUUUCUCUUUAGGAAACUAAUAACAGUAAAAAAAAAAAUUUAUCUCUUUUUUGGAGGGGUUACUUGCUUUCCCCUCCAAAAAAAUCAAUAUUGGUGACGAAUUAAAAAAAGAGAAUGUGCAGAAUCCCAUUCUAAUUUUUUUUUUCUAAGUUUCCAUUUUUGUGCAACUUUGAGGUAUUUUGAUUUUUUGGGUUGUCAUAAAUAUGGAUGACAUAUAUGGCAGUGAUGAAGACUACUAUAAUGGAGAAUACGAGGAUGAUUAUGAUCGUGACCCGGAACCCGAAUCUGAUGAUGAUUUAUCUUGUGGCAAAGCUCCUUCAUGCAGGGUAAUAAAGAAAGAAUCCCUUUUAGCAGCACAGAAAGAAGAUCUACAGAGAGUAGUAGACUUGCUUUCUCUGAAAGAACAUCAUGCACGAACGUUGCUUAUUCAUUAUCAAUGGGAUGUCGAUAAGGUCUUUGCAAUUUUUGUUGAAAGAGGGAAAGAAAGAUUGUUUGUAGAAGCUGGUAUAACACUAGAGGAGAAAAAUGAGAAUCCUUCCUCCGACCCCUCAACCGAAUAUACAUGUGAAAUUUGCUUUGAGGAUUUCCCUGAUGAGCAAACGACGUUGAUGGAAUGCAAUCAUAGGUUUUGCAAUGAUUGUUGGACAGAGUAUUUCGUAGUAAAGAUAAAUGAUGGUAAGAGUAGACGUGUAACAUGCAUGGCUCAGAAAUGCAAAGCGAUAUGUGAUGAAGGAAAGAUUAGGGAUUUAGUCACUGCAAAGGAUCCUAAUUUGGCAGAGAAGUUUGAUCGUUUUAUCCUAGAAUCAUAUAUCGAGGAUAAUAAGAGGGUUAAAUGGUGCCCUAGUGUUCCUCAUUGUGGAAAUGCAAUUCGUGUUGAGGAUGACGAGUACUGUGAGGUUGAAUGUGCAUGUGGUCAGCAAUUCUGUUUUAACUGCUUGUGCGAACUGCACUCACCUUGUUCGUGUGUUAUGUGGGACCUUUGGCUUAAGAAGUGCGACGAUGAAGCUCCCACUGUCAAUUGGUUAUCAGAGAAAACUAAGCAUUGUCCAAAAUGUCAUAAAAUUGUGGAGAAGGAUGGAGGAUGCAACCUGGUACAGUGUAUAUGUGGACAGCCAUUUUGUUGGCUCUGUGGUGAAGCUACUGGAUUUGAACACACAUGGAAUAGUAUAGCAGGUCACACUUGUGGCAGAUACAAAGAAAAUCAUUUGAAAAGUGAGGAGGAUUCUGUAGAGGACUAUUGGCGUCUUACUCACUAUUAUAGUCGUUAUAAGGCUCAUAUUGGUUCGUUGAAGAUUGAAGCAUCUGAAUCGAAGCAAAAAAUACUUGAUAAAGUCCAUAGCCUUGAAUCAAAGGAGUUCCAGUUAAAAGAUUUCAGCUGGGCAAUGAGUGGAUUUUAUAGACUCGCCUUAUCAAGGCGAGUUCUCGCCUGUUCCUAUCCAUUUGCAUACUACUAUUUUGGAGCUCUGUUUGCAAAUGAAAUAACAAAAGAAGAACGCGAAAUAAAACAGAACCUCUUUGAGGAUCAACAGCAGCAACUUGAAACAAAUAUCGAAAGGCUUUCAAUGUUCUUGGAAGAGCCAUUUGGUAGCUAUGCUGAAGAUAAGCUUGUUGAGACAAGAAUGAAGAUUAUUACUCUCUCCACAGUAACUGAUGACCUCUGCAAAAACUUGUACGAGUGCAUUGACAACGAUUUGCUAGUUCCUUUACAACAAGCAACUCAUACAAUAGUUCGUUAUAGAUCCAAUGGUGUGGAAAAAGCAUCAGAACUAUAGGUAGGUACAGAUAUACUAUGUAAUGCUUCUUUACUAUUGAGCGCGACUGCAGGUUGCAUUGAACGUUGAUCAUUUGGAUCGCGUUGUUCUGGCUUGAUGCUUCUUCCAACUUGUUGUUUAAACACUAUCAAUCAAUUCAAUUGUAUUCUUCUAAGAUUUUAGUUUACUUAGGUUGUACAAUAAGUUUUUGUCAAUCUUUGACCAUAACUACAUAAUUUGAACUUGAUUUGGUGGGGUGUGCCAGGCCUGGGCUGUAGUGCAACGCCCAGGCGACGCAUGAAGACCCAAGUAGCAAGCUACUUUAAUAGAUCUUCCCCCUUAAAAAAUUGAGUUAAUAUCGUGUGGAUCAAUGAUCCACAUAUCAGAUAUUAAACUGAUAAGAACAGAUACUACACUUGAUCUUAGCCAAAAGGCCGAGAAAGGUAUGCUUUAGUUCAUAGAUGGGUUUUUCGUUUUAAGGCUCCUCUCAGCUGUUGACUUAUUUGUUUGUUUCGAUGUGGGAAAUAUGAGAAUACUGCAAUGGUUCCUACAAGAAAGAUGGUAGAGGUAGAGUAGAUUUUAAUCAACUAUGCAAAAUGUGGAAUAGAUUUUGCACCAAUACUUUCAAAUGAGUUGAAAACUUAAAUUAGGAUUUAGGAGUAGAAUAACAUGUAAUAUUUCUUGAGUUAAUAGUACAAAAAAGAUAUUGGUUUUGGUUU